AUGGGUGAAAAUUCCUGGAAAGGAAAGAGAAGCAUUGAUAAGAGAAAGAUCAAGUCCUCCUGUCGUGUCACGGUUUUUGAGAAGAUUUUGCUGGAGAUAAACAGCUUCUCUCAGCUCUGUACGUACGUUUCUUGCGCCCAAAGGAAUCUCGCCAAGUUUUCCAACGUUUUCUUUCGAGAGAGCAUCGACUUGGUGUCUUCGAAUUUGUUCCGAGCCGUGCCCCAUUCUUCUACCAAUGCAAGAGCUGCCAUUCGGUUUGGGGAGUCCUAUUACAUCAAUAGGAUAAACGGAAUCGACGAUAUCUCUUUCCAAGAUCCCUCUUGGCCUCAUCUGGAAUUAGUUUAUAGGUUCCUUUCUUCGUUACUCAAGUCGCCCAUGACGGAUCCUCAACUGGCUGCUCCUUGCAUUAAGCCCUCUUUUAUCCUUAAGUUGUUGGAUCUUUUUCAAUCUGAAGAUCAAAGGGAAAGGGGUGCUUUAGUUUCUGUUCUGCAAGUUAUCCAUCGGAAAUUUGGUGUGCAUAGAAAACUUAUCCGAAAUUCUGUUUUCAAUGUGUUCUAUUGUUGUGCGAACGAAAAACAUAAUGCUAUCCCACACCUGUUGCUUUUCCUCAUAAGUGUUGUCGUUGAAGAAGAAGAUGAUGAUGAUUUAGGGGUACAAGAGGAGUUCAGGCUCUUCCUUGUUCGAGGGCUGAUUCCGCCUUACAAAUCAAAAUAUCUUGUCUUGUUCUACUUACACUUGAAUAGCUGCAUUCAGAAAUUCGUGGAAAAGGAUUGCAAGCUUGCUGAUACUGUUAUACAGGGGAUGCUUAGGCAUUGGCCAACCGUGGGUAGUGCCAGAGAGUACUUCUUCUUGGAUGGGGUUGAGAGGGUUUUAGAGGAAUCACAGCCUGAUGGAUUUCAACUAUUUAUGAUACCUUUGUUCCGCCGCAUUGCCAGCUGCUUGAGUAGUCCACAUUUCAAGGUGGCAGAAAAAGGCUUGUCUUUGUUCAAUAUUCAUGGUAACAUUCAAAAGUUAAUUAAACAGAAUUUGGAUGUUAUCUUGCCAAUUAUCUUUACUGACUUAGAAGAAAGUGCAAUGAACCAUUGGAGGCCUGAAAUACAAAAGUUGGCGCAUCAUGUUCGCAAUUCUUUGAUAGGUAUUGAUCCCGAAUUAUAUGAGGAAUGCUUGAUGCAUUUGAAGUGA